AUGACUCAUCAACUCGUCGUUAUCAUGCGCAGUCUGACUUUUUUGCACUAUUCUAUUCUCGUUCUCAACGUAUUUGCCGGUUUUUCAGCGGCACUAGAAGAGGGAUUUGAAGUCGCGAUCAACGACUCUUUGGCCGACAUUGGUCAAAAGGCAGCGAGUUACUUUAGCCAAGCCGCUCUUAAAGGCGAGAAUGCCACUUCUCCGUUCCUGUUGGCCAUGAAAAAUCCAACACCACCAACCACCACAACAACUACGACGACGCAAUGCUCGAAUUGUCACAGCUCUGGCAAACCAUAUUGCACACAACGCUACGCAGGCGAACACCCGUGCUUUGGCGAUCCCUUCAUGAUUUUGUUGGAACGAGCGGACCUCGGCGGCUGUCUUGAGAAGAUUAUCUGGGGAGGACCGGGCACUGAGGGCACCACUGACUGGGCAUGGAAUCGUCCGGAAUUUUGGUACAGUAUACCAGUAAAGAGCCAGGAAGGCAACAAUGGCUAUCACCGCUACACUGGGUCGUUGGGUACUUGCAGCACCAAGUAUUUGGUAUCGAUACGCAAAUCAGCCUGCAACAAUGAGUGCAGAACGGAGGUCGCCUAUUUUAUAAAAGGAUCACCUAAGAUUCCCAAAAACCACUGAUAACUGUUUUUAUGUACGCGAUAGAUGCUGAUCUGCUUUUUCAUCGUGUUAGCCGUUAUUCAUUGGGUGCGGUCUGCUUUAUUCGCAACUGAAAAAAAUUGAAUGUUUAAGCUUCAAUAUUAUUAUCUU